AUGACUGUUUCAAGAAGCCUGAGAAAUGACCCAACGCCAAAACCCAGUCCUGGGCGGCUGCAAAUUUCAGAAGAAGACUAUCCAGGGAUAGAUGCAGAAUGGGUACGGAUGUGGAACGAAUAUGGCGGUUCAAUGGUACGCGCCGACGAAGUUAGCAUCGAAAAAUAUCAAGAAAACCCGGGACAAUACAGCUUCACUUAUCCAACAUGGACUGGACCCGAUGUCUUUCAUGUUGAGGACCGCAAAAUCCCUGUUAUGCAUCCGCACGGCACCAUUAACGUGAGAAUUUACUCUCCAGAAGGACCAGGUCCAUUUCCAGUACAUCUCAAUUUCCAUGGAGGUGGUUGGGUUUUAGGAGGGCUACAAAGCGAAGCAGCAUGGUGCCGGCAGGUUUGCAACAGAUCCAACAUCAAAGUAAUUGACGUUGACUACCGCAUGGGGCCGGAGCACAAAUUCCCUGUUGCUAUUUAUGACUGUUGGGAUGCCGUAAAAUGGGCUAUCAAUAAUGCACAUCAACUGAACAUUGACCCGACGAGUGUGUCAUUCGGAGGACUGUCGGCAGGUGGUCAAAUGUCCGCUGUUUUGGCUCAUUUCGCAAGAGACGAGGGCAUUUCUAUCAAGUUACACCUAAUGAUUGUGCCAGCAACCGACAUGAGGUACUGCUGCAGGAAGAUCAAACAGCUUAAUGAGCACAACUGCCCUUAUGAAAGUGCUCGUAUGCUUCACGACCUUCCAUGGGGACCAUUGGGUCGAGAGCAGUGGUUCUUGAAGUAUUGGCUUGGAGAUGACGACGAUACGCAAGAGAGACACUUGAAUAAUUGGAUAUUGACACCGGUAUUAGCACCCAACUUCGAUAACCUGCCACCCGCACACAUUGUCACGGCAGAGUUUGACUUGGAACGAGAUGAAGGGGAGUUCUAUGGGGAGCUUCUUGGAAAGGCAGGAAACAAAGUCACCAUGAAGCGAUACGCUGGGGUGCCACACGCCUUUGCGCAUUACAAUCAUCCGCAUAGAGGCCUGCAAAAGAGUUUCGAGUUUAUUGACGAUACAACUCACUUGCUUAGAACCAUUCAUUACAACAACUAA